UAAGUUGGCAGCCCCAACAGCUGUUUCUGGUUCGACUACAAAAAUAAAUUGUUGAAAAUUUUAGCAUUUGCUGUUUAAAAACGCUAUUUUAAAAUGGCCAAGAUUAUUAAGGCGUCCACGGGCCUGACCGGAUUGGCCGUGUCCACCAAUCCUCACCAUACGCUGAGUGCUCUGUAUGGAAAGAUCCUGCGGGCGGUGUCCAAGAUGCCACAGGAAGCCAGCUACAGGAAGUACACUGAGCAGUUGGUCAAGCAACGCGCCGAUGCGGUGGCUAAGAACAAGGACAUUGCUGGCCUGGAGAAAGCCGUGGGCUGUGGCCAGGUUGAGGAACUAAUUGUCCAGGCUGAAAACGAAUUGGUUUUGGCCCGCAAAAUGCUUGGCUGGAAGCCCUGGGAGAAACUGGUCCAAACGGCACCUGCCAAGCAAUGGGACUGGCCCCCGGCACAGAUCCUUGAGCCCAAGGUUUAAGAGAUCUACAGUCCUAGUCCCCACUUAGUACUAAUUAAUCUACGGCAAAUGGAAAAGAGAGAAGAGAGAGAGAGAGCAAUAAAUCCGUUGAUAAGCCAGCUGCAAAAUCAACAACAAAAUUA